AUGCAUGUCUCGAGAGCCGACACUGACCCCAAACACAGCCAUUAUGAUGUCGAGAUCAACCCUCUCGUCAAGGGCAAGGACGCCAAGAAACCCCGUCCUCUUCUCCAGAAGAUCUGGGAUCAAGCGGUCAACGAGGCUCAGGGCGAAGUCAAGGCUGCCCUCGCUGCCGGAGCCUACGACCAGCAAAAGUCUCUCUACACCCCCAAGGAGGUCCCCCUCGAAGGCGGCAAGCUCGAGAUCGUCAUCGGUCUUAUUGAAGACGGUAUCGUUCCCACGGACGACAAGCGACGAUGGAAGAUUGUCAUCAAGCCUGCCGACCACACCCAGAUCGAUCUCGACGCAGUCGACAAGUACUCUGGUGGCGACAAGCAAGCUGCCAAGUAUGGUGAUGCCAUGUUGAGGGGUAUCGGCGCCGUCAAUGUCUUGUUUAGACAGGAUCCCGCUCAAAAGUACCACAUGGCUGGUGCCGCCGGCAGAAAGUUCUUCUCUGAGCAGAACUCCUCUCUCCUCCCUUCUGGGGGUGUCCUCUACCAAGGUUUCCAACAAUCUUACCGGUACACUUCCACCGGUACUGGUGGUCUCCAGCUCGACACUGCCUACUCUGCCUUCUUCCAGCCGGGUCUUCUCGUCGAAGUCGCUCCUCGCAUUCUCGGCCUCGAUGGUGCUCCCGGCGGUGGUAGGGGUGGUGCUCGCGGAGGCCGAGGCGGUCCUCGAGGCGGCUUUGGCGGCGCCCCCGGUCCUGCUCGACCCUUACAGGAGCUUACGCCAAUCAAUGUCCAUAAACUCAACGGUCUUCUCCGUGGCGCCAAGUUUACCGUUACCCACCGCAAGACCGAGCGGAUCUUCUCCAUCAUCAAGCUGACGACGCAGCCCUCCGAAAACAUCAAAUUCACCUUGAACGGCAAGGACGGCAAGCCCGACCGAACUGUAUCUGUCGCCCAGUACUUUGCCGAGCAGUACAACGUCAAGGUCACUCGACCCCGCCUGCCUUGUGUUCAGUACGGCAAGAACUAUAUCCCCAUGGAGUUUGUCAAGCUUCUGCCAUACAACUCUAUCCCCUUUGCCAGGCAGACUUCAGACCAGACUGCCGAGAUGAUCAAGGUCACCGCCAAGCCUCCUCAACAGCGAAGGGACGCCAUCAUGGCGUGGAGGCAGAAGCUCGAUUAUGACAGCUUGCCCAAGCUCAAGGCGUGGGGCGUGCAGGUGGCGAAGGAGAUGUUGACGGUGCAGGCGAGGGUGUUGAAUGCGCCGAGUGUGCUGUAUGGGGGUAACAAGAACUUGAGGGCUGCUUUCGGUUCUUGGAACAUGAAGGGCGUCAAGUUUACCAAGCCCGGAAAGCCUCUCGAGUCUUGGGCUGUGGUGUCUCUCGACCAGCGAUGCACCAUCCAGGACUGUCAAGAGUUUGUCCGAACCUUUACGGGUCAUCUCUCGUCCUACGGCGUUCCCGUUAAGACCACCCAGCCGCCAAUCUCACACGCCAACCCCCACGCCGGUGGGAACAACUUUGGCGUCAAAAACGCCCUUUCUACCGCAGCCAAGUCGGCAUACAUGAUCGCCAAGAAGGACCCCCAGUUGAUCCUCGUCAUUCUCCCCAGCAGAGAUACUGCUCUUUACGAAUCCAUCAAGACUUGCGCCACCGAAGGGCUCCACAAACCCGUCGUCACCCAAUGCCUCCAGUCGGCCAAGAUCAAGUCGCCGCGCGGCCUCGACCAGUACUGUGGCAACGUCGCUAUGAAGGUGCAAGCCAAGGUCGGCGGUCUGACCCAUCAAGUCGACCACAAGAUUGACAAGACGACCAUGAUGAUUGGCGCGGACGUCACGCAUCCUCCUGCCAAGGGCGGUUCCAUUCCGCCUAGUAUUGCUGUUUCCGUCGCCGCUGUGGAUGGCAAUAACAACAAGUUUAAGCCGGCGUUGAGGUUGCAAGGUGGGCGGGUGGAGAUUAUUCAGGACUUUGAGAAUAUGAUUACGGAUCAUAUCAAGACGUUUGAGAAGAAUAGUGGUGCUAAACCGCAAGGCAUCUUGUUCUUCCGAGAUGGUGUAUCCGAGGGCCAGUACUCGCACUGUCUCGACUAUGAGCUGCGGGCUAUCAAGACGGCGGCGUCCAAGUUCCCGAACUACAAGCCGAAAGUCACUUUCGUCAUUUGCGGCAAGAGGCAUGCCAUGAGGUUCUUUGCGACGAGCGACCAGGACAGGGACAGGACGGGUAAUUUGCCGCCUGGUACUGUGGUUGACAAGGGCGUUACGUCGCCUGCCUUGUUUGACUUUUACUUGCAGGCACAUGCCGGUUUGCAGGGCACAGCGAAGCCUACCCACUACGUUGUGGUUGCGGACGAGAUCGGCUACUCUGCCGAUAAACUCCAAAACCUCGUCAACGUGCUGUGCUACUCUUACGCCCGUGCUACCCGAUCCGUCUCUCUCGUGCCGGUCGCAUACUAUGCCGACCUCAUCGCCGAAAAAGCACGUGCAUGGAUCUACAAUGACGACUCUGAAACUGCUACCGUGCCGUCGACUACUUCGGGCAGCAAGGUGCAGCUUGCAGACUUUGAUGCGUAUAGGAUCGCCAAGAGGUUUGCUAGUGCGCCAGAGUUUGAGAAUGUUGCUUGGUACAUGUAA